GCCUAUCAGUGACAAUCCUGAGUAAGUUGACUCGGCUGACUCGGCCGGCGAAAUCGCUGAUAGCUGAUCUGCACUUGUGUAGUGCACAUCCACCACUGUCUUUGUGUUGUCGGGCGUUGUAGCUGAGAUGACCGAACUUCAGACCAAGGUUAUCCUUGUAGGCUUGGGUGGUGCCACUUGCUCAGGAAAGACGACGCUCGCAAAGCAUCUAAAGAAUAUACUGCCCAACAGUGUCAUCGUGCACCAGGAUGAUUUUGCUCCACCUGAGGAAUUGCUUCCCAUAAAUCAUGGCUACCAGGACUGGGAUGCUCCAGAUAGCGCAAUCGAUUACCCACGACUAUCCAAGUUUUUGAAGCACGUGAAAGACACGGGAAGCAUACCGGAUGAUCAUAGAAGCCAUGAACAUUUGAACAAGCAGACGGAUUUGCCUAUUGAAGCAGAGUGUCAAAACCGUCUGGCUGAGCGCUUCAGAGUUUUGCAAGAUCAAAUCAAGGAGAGUGACAACAUCAAUAUAGUGUGGGGAUUGGUCGACGGGUUUCUGUUGUAUUGGGAUCAGGAAGUCAUAGAGCAACUAGAUAUUCGCUUCUUCCUCCGUGUUCCACUCAAGACAUUGGAGGGUCGGAGGAAAGCGCGGCAGGUUUACAUCACAGCAAAGGGGGACGCCUGGGUAGACCCCCCUGACUACUGGGAGAAGAUCGUGCUCCCUGCAUACCUGGACGCACACCGCGGAAUAUUCGAGGGUGGUGAUGUUGAGAAUGGGGACCUGACGAGUAAGGUGAAAGGGCUUGUUUUAAUUGAGCAGAAAGAGGACAAAUCAAUGAGCAUGACGGAUAUCGUUGAAAAGUGCUGCCAGGGGUUAUAUCAGCUUGUCAGGGCGGAAGGGUCGAGCAAGUGAGGGGGUUAAAUCUUGAUGUCCGGUGCACGAUUGAUGUAUACCAUGAUCACGUAAAUAGAAUUUUUAAAUGAUUCCCCUGCACGGCUGGUGUAACUGAUAAUUGUUUUUUGCUCGUGAAAAUGGGACAAGUCACACCGGGAAUAGCUCCCCCGCAGGAGAAUCAACGGAGGGUUGGCGGAGGGCGUUGU